AGUGGGGGCGGCUGGCUCGCGCCGAGAGAGCGGUCGCCGGGAUACUCCGGUAAACAACUUCCGCAGCAUGUCCCAGCUACAGUUUCUGGAGCUGCCCAAAGGAGUUUACUUGCCCUUGACUAUAAUUAACCCUGGUUUGUGGUACUGGAAAGAAGAUAGUAGAACACUCGAAUUUUCAUGUGCCCAGCUUAAGGAAGAACCUAAGGACAGUAAGGACAAAAAUAAGAAAGGCAAGACUAUCCAAUUUCAGGAACUUGGAGCAAAGCCACUAGAAAGGUCAGGUCCUCAUUAUUUUCGAAAUUUGUUUACCUUGAGUGUUUCUUCUGGAGAAGACAAAUUCCCUCGGCCAACCAAGAGAGCACAGUCUGAACUCAUAACUCUAGAAGAUGUUAAGUAUGCUGCUUUAUUUCUGGCACAUGAAGAUGAUUCCAUUCACAUUUCUUCUUUCUCCUUAGUUAUGAGGUGUAAGCAGUUGGAUAAUUUCCUCAUGGCUUUGUUGUACUAUAUUUCUUUUUAUCUGGAGAAAAUAACCCUGGAGAUGAAGCCCAAGUCUUUUAUGGGAAAGCCCAGCAUCCUAGAAAAAAAAGAAAUGACAGAAAACCAAAUAAAGCUAGCAGUGACCAAAAAGCACCUUGCUGAAAUGUACUGUAUCCUUAUCCUUGGACUGGGAAUGUCUGAUCAGCAUCACAUGGCUUGUGGAAA